AUGAAGAAGGUACGCCACGUGGUUUGUGUGCUGGUCCUCGCAUGGUGUUGCUGCACAGCCCUGUGCGUGGGUGCUGCUGUGCCUGACUCAGCGGCAGAUCCAGUUCUGAAGGAUGCGGGAGCACAGAUUGCGGCGAAGGAGGCCGAAAUCACAGCCCUCACAAAAGAUCUCGACGCAGCGACGAAGGAUGAGGGUGCCGUUGCUGCUGUGAGUGAGGCAGUGAAUGGGGCGAAGACGGCAGCUGAGGCUGUCAAGCAGAUCGUGACGGAUGUGAAGGUGCUUCUGGACGGGGACGUCAGGUAUGCCGUGAAGCGUACUUCUGUCGCUCUGGCGGAUACUCAUGACGCGGCGUUGGCGCUAGUGAUUCUUCUGUUUCCCAAUGAUCAUGAUGAUGUGCCCUCAAAGUUUGUGUAUCCGAAGGAACUUACGAGAGAGGGGGCAAAGCAAUUGGCGGAAGCUGCAGUUGCAAGCGCCACGGAGGCAAAAGCCGAGGCAGCGAAUGUGCUGUUGAAUGCCACUGAGACAGAGGAGAAAAUAAAGGCCAUGGUUCAGAAAGGAACUUCGGCACUGCAGCGCGUUACGGAUGUGGCGGGUAAAUAUGAGAAGGGGACGGAGGCCUUUAGGAGCGCAGUGAAGGCAGCAGAGGAGGCAGCCAAACAAGCUAUUUCUUCAGCGGAGCAGUAUCUGAAGGAGAUGAAAAACGUCACGGAACCAGCACGAAUUAUUUCCGAAAAAGCAAACGCAUCGCUGACAAUGGCAAAUAAAGUGUUGGAAAUAGAAAAACUAACUGACACUCAGCGGAAACCCGAUAACCGUGAAGAGUUAUCUGUAAUAAUGGGGGAUUCCUAUGUGGGUAUGGAGACUGUCCUGGAGGCAAUGAGGACAACUCUAUACGCAAGGGAUGCCGCUCACAAUGUGUCGAAGGCUGUUGAUGCUGUGAUCACCUCCGCCACUGGUGCGGCACGGAGGGUUCAGAGUGAACUGGACAAAGCCCAGAUGGGCAAAGCAAAAGCCGGGGAAAUGUUGACGAAGUUAAGGACUGAGCUGGAACAAUUGACUCUGACAACCACUGCCGCUGUAGGCGGAGGCACUGCCACUCAUCCAUCGUCAACGGGACCCACAACUAACCCUGCGCUUGUGCCUGACGCUGCCCCUGUGAGCAACGGCAACAUUGCGGAAAGCGAGAAGCGUCCUGCUAAACACACUGAUGGCAGCAGCGCUGUGUGGGUGCGUGCACCGCUUAUGUUGCUGCUGUCCUGUGUGGCUGUGUGGUAA